AUGGUGAAAACUCAUGGAGCUUCCUCUAAGAAAAUCCCUGCUUCUCAAUCCCAAAAGGUGCCAUCUCCAUCGCCUCCUCCAUCUGUGUCAACGGCACCUCCAUCUGUUCCAGCACCUGCCACAUCUAUUGGAAAAACUUGCAAAUCCAAGGCGCGCAAGAAGGUGUUCUCCCUCUCUAAUGAACACCCCAUGGUGUUUCCAAAUAUCACAGCUGACAUUGUUGAUGUUGCACCACCAUUUGAAGUGGUGGUGCCCUCUCGAGCCAAGAACCCAUCUCCUCUUCCGAUUGAUUCAUCUCUGACGGCUAGGGCAAAAUCAAAAUCUGUUUCAUCUUCUUCCAAAGCUGCUGCUGCUGGGAAAUUGGGGUUGGACACGUCUUCUUCCCCCUUGACUGCUGCCAAGAAAAGAUUGAAGUCUCAUCCCCCUUCUCUGUCUUCCUCCGAAUCUGACCCUGAGGAAGAAAAGUCUGAAUCUGAAGCAACCCGUGAUAUCACCUUAUUUGAUGAAACGGUUCCUGACAAUGCAGAAUCAGAGGCUGAGUCUGAUGAGCCAGAACAAGAAGGAAUUGUCCCCUUUGAACAAGAAGCCGAAUCUGACUCAGAGCCAAUUGCAUCUCCUUUGUCAUCCAAGGCUAAAGGGAAGAGACCUAUUUCUGAUCCUACACCUUCUCCAAAACGUUCAGGUGUAAAUUUCAAACCUUAUUCUUCAACUUUUUGUUAUAAUGAUAAUGCUUGUGAUAUGGUUCUCUAUGCUCAAAGGAAAUUUAUCAUUGAAAGAAAUUAUGUCUUGAGUGAUCACCGACCUUAUGGUGUGCUAACAAUGCUUCAAGAUCGAAAAUGGAUAGGUUCUUUGGUUAAAUUUACUGGUUUUGUGGAUAGAAUAGUCAAGGAAUUCUAUGCCAAUCUUACUAAUGAAAUUAUUAAACCUAAAUCUCCUCUGUAUUGUAAAGUGUUUGAUAGGGGCCAUUGGUUCUCUUUUUCUCCUCAAGACAUUGCCCAUGCUUUGCAUCAUCCUCUUGAUGUCGAGGAAGAUGAUGAUCUUGCCACUCUUGACAAGGAUACGGUUAUCACUGAUUUAGUAGGGCAAAAAAUGGUAUGGCCAUCUAAUACAGUCAUCUUGGUCUCUAAUCUCACCUACACUUAUGCUGUCCUCCAUAAGUUUGCCACAACGAAUUGGAAGCCAACUUCUCACACCGCAACUAUAUCAUUUGACAUGGCUUCGUUUUUGUACAAGGUGGGGACUAGUAUUGGUAUAAAUUUGGCUAUGAAAAAAGAUCUCCAACGUGAUCAAGAAGACUUGGUGGCUUCCACUACUACUGCUUCCUACAAGGCCUCUGCUCCUCCUACUGAAGCCACUGAUGCUCCAUCAACCAAGAAAGUCAAGCCCCAAUCUCUGAAGUUUGCCCCGGAUGACAUUCCUCAUGCAUCUUCCUCUGUUCCCACAUAUUGA